UCUCUCUCUCUCUCUCUCUCACUGAGAAUUCUUGAACAAAUUACUCCCUGCAGAUCUUGUAACUUCACUAGCUAGCUAACAGUUUGAUAAUUGCCGGCACCCACAAAAAGAAAGAAAGAAUUAUAUACAUAUAUAUAUAAAUAUAUACAGUAGGGCGGUAAGUAUAUACUGCUAACAGUAGAAAGAGGUGGCCUGGGGGGUGAAAGGGAUGCCGACAGAUACUUCGUUCCUGAAGAUCCGCCGCAAGUUUGAUCAGAUUUUCAUCAAACUCUUCUAUAUUAAGAUCUGGAAAAACUAUUACUUUUGCCUUUGCUGGGGGGCUGCUGUUACCACAGGCCUUGCGUAUACCCAAUGGUUUGUAGGCUAUGCAGUGGUGGGCGUGUUGAUUACAUACUUCACAGAUACCUGGAAGGAACACAAUCUCCCGAAUGCCGUUGCAAUGAUAAAUCUACUAGAGGGGUCGUCAUCUGUUUUGGCCCUUGUCAUGACUUACAUCUCCGACAACCAUGUUAGGCCUCUCAAAGUCAUUCUCUGCUCAACUGCUGCCUACAUCAUCGGAAUGGUGAUGUUAUGCAUUUCGGCAUUCCAUCCCAUUGCCGGUGACAUGACCGGGAUGUACUUCGUACCGGUAGUGCUUCUGAUAGCCGUGGGAAAAGCCGGAGGGGUGCCUGUCUUGGAAGGAUUUCUAGUUGGUCAAUUAAGGGCCCAUGAACCCAGGCAGCUGCUGGACAUAGAUGAAGGCAGAGUAAACGCAAGAAAGAAUGUGUGGUGGAUCACUGCAUCGUUAUUGUGUGGACUUAGCACUCCCUGGAUCUUCGGCCAUGUUCAUGCUGGUUGGCUUGUAACGUUCGUUUGUUCAACAUCAGUUAUGGGCAUUGGCUAUUUGUUGUUCUUGUGUUGCAUUGCUCUCUACCACAGAUCAGUAAAAAAAGCUGCUGCUACUUCAGAAAUCUCCCGUGCUAGCCCUAAAGAGAAUGCAAACAACGGUCCGACUCCGGCGGUCUCUGCAGGAAGAAGAGUACCAAUGGAGCAAUGGAAGCCUCUUUCUGUAAUGAUACCCAUGUGGACUACUUUUCUGGUAUUUGGUCUAGUACUAUCAACAGGCAACACUUUCUUCACCGAGCAAGGAAACAACAUGCAUGCUACGGUCUCUAUUUAUAGACUUAUUAUGAUAAGGAACAUAAUCAAGGCUACCUUAAGCUCUUCCUUUUACACACUCCUGUUCAAAUACAUACCUAAACCACUAAAAACAAAGAGCAUUAUAGUCGGAAUCUUGACAGCAAUGGUGGUAUCCGUAUUCUGCUGUAGCGUCGCAUGGCGUGUCGAGGUUCGCAGGUUGCGUGCCAUCGAGGACUCCAAAUUUUGCGUCAAGUUCAACCAAGAUGACCGUGCUGUCGUACCCAUGAGUAUUCUGCGUCUGGCACCGCAGUUCUGCCUGCUGGGACUCAUGGAGGGGAUCGGCAAACAAGGCCUGGAUCUCUUCUUUGAGGUUCAGGUCCCUCAUGAUGUGCCAAUGGAGAAAUAUGGAUCAGCACUAAAUGAAGCUGUGAUCGGGUUCGGAAGCUUCAUUAAUGCUCUACUUGUGUACGGUCUCAAGGGCUGGUUCGGCGACACUUUAAACUGCAGUAGUCGCCUGGACAAUUACUACCAAAUGAUGAUGAUACUGAGUUUUGUGAACCUAUGCUACAACUGGUUUGUUUCAACUCUUUACUGGGACAAGAAGGAAACCAGAGACGAUGUCAAAGGAAACCAAGAAAUGGUAAUAGAACUACUGGUGGAGUAGUUUUAGGUAAAUGGAGGGAAGGGGAAACAAACAAAUCUGUUACACGUACGCAAUUCUUAUUUAUUCUAGCCUAUAGUUGUAAUUGUUGAUUCUGUUGUUGUAUUUAUCUCAUCCCCUUGUUGUUUAUAUUCAUUCUUUUGUACUUC